AUUUAUUGCGUUUCCAUCCUCCAAAGACUUGUCCAGUGACCCAUGCCGGAAACAAACACCGUGUCAUGAACUCACUGGCGAGAGCUUGUUGCCUGAUUCUCACUCUGGUAGGGACGACGUACGCCUUUUCAAACGCGUACCCGUCCUUUGCCACUCGAUCGUUGCUGUACGGACAAUCCUAUAGCCGGGCGUCGACACCUUGGUAUCGUCGGUAUGCCAGUUUGCAGGAGCCGGUCUUGGAAGAUCUCAGUACCAGCAAAAACGGACUGAUACGAGUCUCGCAGAACGAAACACUGGCGGUUAUUGUUCCCCGUGACGAGGCUUCAGUGGUGGCAUCCGACAUAUUAGGCUCUACGGAAUCCGGGACACCCGAGACUACAGUAUGGCGCGACCGAACCACCCAAUCAAUUCUGCUGCUGAACAUGGUGGCCAUUCUAUGGGGCAGUCAGCAUGCAGUAAUCAAGGGCGUGAUCGCAGAUAGUGCUCCGUCCGCGUUUACGUUUCUGCGUUUCGGUCUCGCCGCCCUGUGUGCUAGUCCGUACACACCCGGGCUUGCACAACUCUGGGCAAAGCUCACCAAAGGCGAGGAUUUGGAUGCAAUUGUCAGUGAAGAGUCCAACCCGACUAAUGUGAGCUCAACGUGGCGAUGGGGCGCCGAAAUGGGUUUUUGGAUGUUUCUCGGCUUUUCCUUUCAAGCAAUUGGUCUAGAAUUUACCACUGCCCAGCGAUCCGGCUUUCUGUUGUACCUGAACGUCAAGUUUGUCCCGUUUUUGGCCCGUAUACUCCUCGGCCGGGCGAUAUCGAACGCUACCUGGCUUUCCGCGUUGACAGCCUUUGCCGGAACCGCCCUGUUGGCCUACGGCAGUAACGGCAACGUCCUGGACUUGAACGUCGGAGACUUGUGGACGAUUGCGGCUGCCGUCUCGUCCGCCAUGUUUAUUUUGCGAUUGGAAAAGGCGUCGUCCGUCGUGGCCAACUCGGCCGCCUUGAACGCGGCUUGCUUGUGGGUGGUGACGGGACUGGCCGGGAUUUGGACGUUUUGGGAGGGCAAUCCCUUUCAAGCCACCGCCGCCGCCUCGGUAUGCUUCAAUCCAGCCGCCGAAGUUAUGUCGAUCGCGUUAACCCAUCCCUGGGAGAUUGUGUAUCUGAGCGCUGUAACGACGGCCUUGGUGAACUGGGUACAGACCAAGGCACAAAAGGAUGUAUCGGCGGAACGAGCGUCGGUAAUAUACGCCAUGGAUCCAGUGUACGGCGCUGGAUUUUCGGCCUGGCUGUUGGGCGAGUCGCUUGGUGGUGUUGCAGGAUGGACCGGCGCCGGGUUGAUCACGCUGGCGGCGGCCACCAACGCCUUUUUGGAUUUUUCGAGCAAAGACCCCAAGGAUGGCGACGAUACCGACGUCGACACGAGCGCCAGCAAUUGUGAUACGACCAGUGCAGGAAUGGGAAAACGAUAG